GUCGGAAGGAUAUUUGUGCGACACCUGAUAGCGUUUACGAGGGUGUUACACUACAAUAGUUCCGGCGGAAGUAAGUACAACCAGCCGCGCGGCCUGUUACAGAUAGGCGAAAAUGUCGACCGGGGUGGGAAAACACAAGAUGCUGUCUCUGGGUCCGACUGAACCCUGGUCAAUUCGGGAGAAACUCUGUCUCGCCUCCUCAGUGAUGAGAAGCGGAGAUCAGAACUGGGUGUCUGUAAGCAGAGCCAUCAAGCCCUUCUCAGAGCCUGGACGACCCCCAGACUGGUUCUCACAGAAGCAUUGUGCCUCCCAAUAUUCUGAGCUGCUGGAAACCACAGAGGCCCCAAAACGUAAACGGGGUGAGAAAGGGGAGGUGGUCGAGACCAUUGAGGAUGUGAUCGUGCGUAGAUUGACAACAGAGAGGAUCGAGGAGCUCAAGAGGCUGAUCAAAGACACACAGGAAAAAUACAGGAAACUGAAGAAAGAAGUGGAUUUGAUCCAAGUGGGUCAUCUGGACCCUAAACUGGAGGAGCUGUGGGCAGAUAUAGAGCUAAAGAGGAAGCAGGAAGAAGAGGAGGCAGAGCAGAAGAAGAGGGCGACUGAGGCAGCAUAUCAGGUUCGUCAGGCAGCUAAAAACACACCAAAGAGAGUUCCCAGCGUGACAGUACGUUCUCCACCCAGUGCUAGUUCUCCCAGCAUGGAGGUCUCGCAACCAGACACACUGCAGCCAAUGACGGAUGAAUCCUGUGGCAGUUCCAUGGCUCAAGGACUGACCGUCUUCAUGCCUAUGUCAGAGGUCACGGGUCCAGGGCCCAAAGAGUCAGGUCUGGCCCCUAUGGUAGAUGACUCCCCGCAGAAGAAGCACCUUGCCCCAAAAGCCACACCACCUCCCUCCCCGCUGCUGUCUGAACUGCUGAAGAAGGGCAGUCUCAUCGCUGCUAGCUCUAGACUGGUGGUUGAAGGUGACGUGGCCACAGGUUUGAGUAAUGGGUCUCAUGGACUUGAGCUUCACACUGCUGCAACCGCUCUUCCUGCUAAUCAAGACAUUACAGCUGAUGCUCCUACGUUAUCUCGUCUGUUGGAGAGCGCCACCCCAACGCAGCAACCUGUCAGUGCUGAUCCCCCUAAGCCCCCCACAGUGGUCCCCCCAGCCCCGGACCUCCUCUCUGUGCUCAAAACAGGAGCUGCAGCCAUUGCUGAAGGUUCUGGAGUAGAAGCGGUAAUGGCAGGGUCGUCCACACCAGCGGAGGUGGAGGGGAAGGAGGCAGAGCUGGUGGAGGACACAGUGGUGUCAGUGUCAUACAUGGCUCAUGAACUGGACCUAGAGACAGUGGGAGAUAUCAUUGCAAUCAUAGAAGAGAAGGUGGACGAUCCUGUGGAGGCUUUGGAUGCAGCCGCAGUGGAAGCGGCUCUCUCUCUCUGCGAGGACCCAGCAGUUGGUGGCCACCCCCUCACCAGCCCUUGGGAGUCACAGACCUUUAAGGCAGCCGAACCAGAGCCCAUCGUCCAGCAGAGUCCUGCCCCAGCGGUCACACAGAGCUGCCCUGACCCUGCGGGUGUGCAGGGAGAAAUGGAGGUUCUGGUAGAGGAGGCUACAGAAACCGAAGCAGUUGACGAAGUGACAGGGGACAUUGUGGCGCCUGCUGCCCCUGACACUGAGCAGAGCCAGGACUCUGAGGUUAAGACUGAGGGUGAGAGGGAAGGAGAGGGAGAGGGAGAAGGUGGGAUGGAGGAAACGCAGCAGGAGAACAGAAUCCCAAGUCCAACUGUGAAGUGUGAGGGGGAAGACUGGGUUCAACCAGAGACUGUGACGCCCUGUCUGGACUCAGAAGACAGCUCAGCCUCGGCAAAAGACACAAAGGAGGUGAAGGAAGAGGAUGGAGGCAGUGAGGUGGAUGUGGAUGAAGGGAUGGAGAUGAAAGAGUGUGGCGAUGGGGAUGGAGAGGGGCCAUAUCUCUCAGAGGUUGAUCCUCCUGCCAGUGAGAGUGAGGAUGGAUACGGCAGUCACUCUCAGCGCUACACCACAGCGGACUCCACCGCCAGCAGCCCUGCCUCAUCACAGUUCUCCAUGUGCAGUGAAGAUCAAGAGGCCUUGCAGGCUCAGAAGAUCUGGAAGAAAGCCAUCAUGCUGGUGUGGCGGGCCGCAGCCAAUCACAGGUAUGCAAGUGUGUUUCUGCAGCCUGUGUCUGAUGAUAUCGCCCCUGGUUAUCACAGCAUUGUACACAGACCGAUGGACCUAUCAGCCAUCAAGAAGAACAUUGAGUCUGGGCAGAUCCGCACGACGGCGGAGUUCCAGCGAGACAUCAUGCUGAUGUUCCAGAACGCGGUGAUGUACAACAGCUCGGAUCAUGACGUCUACCACAUGGCCCUAGAGAUGCAGAGAGAUGUUCUGGAACAGAUCCAGCAGUUCUUGGCCACUCAGCUGAUCAUGCAGACAUCAGAAUCAGGCAUCAGCACCAAGAGCCUGCGCGGAAGGGAGGCCAACCGCAAACAAGACCCCAAUGAGAAGACCCUGAGUCCUGCACACAAAGACCCUCAUUUAGAGCCAGAACCACCAGCCAGAAGGAAAAGGAACAACUCCAAACAAGACACUAAUGAGAAGGACAGCCUCUCCAUGGCCUCUCCUGCUUUCCUUCUCUCUCUCUUUGUAAGUAUCCAGGCUCAAGAUCACAAGAUAUUUCCCGUCCCUUCUUACCUAACACAAUCACACACAUUUAUUCUCUGACACAGUUCUCUGAUUGGUUAGAGCUCAUUGCUCGCUUUGGGUCCAGGCUGGUAUGUUAAAAGGUUGUGAAUAAAUUGUCGUCAUUUAUUAAAUCCUAAUUUCUUUUCCAUCAAGAUUUAUUUUAAGAGUUGAAUGGUUUUAUUCAGCAAGGAUAUGAUAAAUUGAUCGAAAAGUGACAGUCAAUACAUUUUAAUGUAACAAAUAUAUAUAUUUUUUUUCAAAUAAAUGCUUUUGUUUUGAAAUUCUGUUAACCCUUAAAUACAUACCUUGGGACUUUAGCAACCUGGGAUGUCAUUCACUACCCUCUCCCUCCAUUUUUUUAAAGUUUUUUUGUUUUGUUUUUUUAAAGUCAACUUUCUUAGUAUUCCUCAAUCUAUUCAUUACAAACAAUAUAACAAGAUAAAAUAAAAUGUGUAUAUAUAUAUAAAAAAAAAAAAGUGUUAUGAUUAAUAUUUUGUAAAAAGGUGUAUCGGGUUGCUGCACAACAAUAAUGAAAUAUCUGACGACUCAAUAAGUGCACAAUAAUCACAUUUAUUCCUCAAGGUGGCACUGUUUGUUAGACAAUGAUGGCGUGAUGUUUUAUUCAUAAUUACCUCAGCCAUAAAACAAAAGAAUAUCACCAGCAGUAUUGAACCUGACUGAAUUGCUUUUACUGCAGAGCAAUUACUGAAAGCAAUUAAAUAUAAGUGUCACUGUCAUUUGAUGGUGGAUGUGGUGAAUAAGCUGCCAGCAAUCACAAUAUUGAUUUUUUAAGUAAUUGAAAAUGAUAGUUUUGAGAAUAUGAUCGCGAAUAUGAGCCAGAUUAUGAAUGGAGUGGGGAAAUGCUCUCUGACGAUGACUGAUGGUAAAAGCAUCUGAUCAAAUCGAACCCUUCUAUGUUUCAAAAGGUAACGAAAUAUGCUUUAUUUUAUUCUUUUGUAAUUGUUAUUAAAAUACGAGGAGAAUUUUAUACCAUUGCAGCAGUUCGAGAUCCAUCCAUGUUGGAUAUGUAGGCCCGGGGUGCUAAAGAUCUGAAUAUGUAAUAAUGAUUGGUUAAGCAUCCAUGCAUUUAAGGGUUAAUCAAAAGAAUCCUGAACAAAAAUGUGUCACUGUUUCCACAAAAUAUUAAGCAGGACAGCUGUUUUCAACAUUGAUACUAAUGAAAAAUGUUUCAUGAGCAGCUAAUCAACAUUACAAUGAUUUCUGAAGGAUCGCGUGACACUGAAGACUGGAGCAAUGAUGCUGAAAAUUCCGCUUUCCAUCACCGGAAUAAAUUACAUUUUAAAAUAGGCUAUAUUAAAAUAGAAAACGGGUAUUUUAAAUUGUAAUAAUAUUUGACAAUAUUACUGUUUUUCAUAGUAUUUUUAAUCAAAGGGAAUACAGCCUUGGUGAGCACGAGAUGUUUUUAAAACCAUUAAAAAAAAAAACAUUAUGACAUAAUGGCGAAUAAUUUGUUUUUUUUUUUUUUUUUUUGUGGAAGAACUUUCCUUUUAAAUGCUUCGGUUUGAGUUUUACUCAUUUUUAUUGUCUUCAAGAAACGACACAACGCCUCCACGAGCAACUUUUAACACUGUUAACACACUCACUCCUAAGCACUACAUUUUUUUAUGCUGUUUUCACUGUUGUGGCAGUUUUUUUAGCCUGUACUCUUCAAAUCCGUAGCUAUGUAUUGCGCUGUUCUGAAGUCACUUUAAGAUGAAGUGCUUGUUCUAGUGAUGCACACACACACUUCCCGUUCUCAGGUCAAACUAGUUAGUUUCUCACACUGAUGGUCUGGUGUGUUAGGGCAGUGAAUGACCGGCUGUUUGCACUUUCUCACGGCUGGCCUGCUUCUCUGCUC